AGCUGAACGUGUAAACAGGAGUGCAGCACACGGGUACAAAUCAGUGGGCGGGGGAGACAGGAAGACAGGAAGAUGUCACCAGGUAAGGAAACAGUGACACAGAGGAUGAGCAGAGUGGGUGAGAGGACGGAGACAAAGAAAGAAAGAGUCGCACCUUGAGGAAGUGAACAAAACAACAGUAGAAGGACAAAGUACACAUCAUAUUGAAGGAUGGGACUUGAGCAGUGUUUUGUGAUUUUCUUGAUGUUAUCCACACAGUUGGUGCUCAACUCUCUGCUGAUAGAUGGGACCGACUAUAACAUGUUGAGGGCCAUGAGGUGUCAAAUGUGCCCUGCAGGUCAGUAUCAGAAAUCAUGUACAGAGUGUGAGCCCUGCCCUGCUGGAAGCUACACUACUGAGACAAACCGUGAAGACAGCUGCCAUGACUGCUUUGGAGACUGCAUACCAGAGUAUAAUCUGAAGGUGGUUCAGAACUGCACCAGCAAGUCUGAUGUGAAAUGUGUCUGUGAGGACGGUUACAGGUGCAAGGAAAUGGUCCCAUACUCAACAAACUGCAGAUACUGUGUCAAGAUCAAGGAAACAACCACAUCUGCAGCUUAUCCGGCCAAAGAUAAACACAUACCUUCCUCAGCUUCCCCAGGACAUAGCAGCACUUCCGCCAAACCUUGCCAGUUUCCCAAGUGUGGCACUCAGUCAGUCCCAAAGGCAGGAAAUAGCACACAUCUCAUAGCAGACAAGAGGAGUGCUCAGUUGGUAGUCAUCUUGUGUCCAGUGGUUGCUGUGGGAUGCAUGGCUCUUGUGAUCCUGUUCUUUGUUCGUCGUCCUGGAGAUGAAACAUGUUUCAAGCAAGCUAUUUCAAACUUAUGCAAUAAGGAAAUAAGAGUUGCUUCUCACAAGCCGAAGGAGUCAACUCAUCAGCUCCCCAGAGACUCAUUCAGUGCAAAACAGCAGUCGCCGUGCCUCUCAGCAGCCAAUCUGGGUCCAGUCCACGUCCACAAUCCAGGGACGGUCGUCUUCAGCUUGCUCGGUCAAUUUACAAGCCAGGUUGAUCCAACAGUUGAAUGUGGGAAGAAACCUGAGAGAGUGAACAGUGAAGAUGAGAGAGACUGUCCUGUGUUUCAUCCCACGUCCUCUCCCAGUAUUCAUCUCUCUGAAGAGGAAAGGAGUGGAGAAAUUGACAGCAUUUUCUUUCCCUCUCAGGAGCAGGGGAAAGACUGCCACGUGUCCAAAGAGGAGGCACUGUGAUGCAUACUAAAAAUCCCUGGAGAUUUGUGUUGGUAGUUAUGGCCGCUGGCAUCCAGACUGAUCCUAAAGGCAUUCUUUUAAUGGAAGGAUGCAUAAAACUGUGAAACCAAAGAUGAAUGUGGGGUAAAUCCACCUCCCUCUGGCAAACUGUGAAGGGAUCUCAGUGCUCCACAGAGACAUUUUAUCUGCAUGCUCCAUGACAGCUUGUGGUCAAUGCACAGCUGGAACAGCUGGAGGGUGAUCUCCUCAGUAAGUUAUAAUUUAAAAUGUCAUGUAAAUACUCUUUAAUAAGCUCUGGCAGUUCCCUAUAAAGUAUUACACCUGAAUGUUUCCUGUUUUGCAUAAAUAUUAGCCA